GUCGUCUACACCGACUCCCCCAAGGCCAUCGCCAACCAGAAAUCGGUGAUGGAGUACCUCCUCAUCAACCACCCCCUCGACUGCCCCGUCUGCGACCAGGCCGGAGAGUGCUCCCUCCAGGACUACUCCUACGAGUACGGACGAGGCGUCUCCCGCUUCGAGGAAACCAAGGUCAAGCAGCCCAAGAAGGACCUCGGCCCCAACGUCUACCUCUACUCCGACCGCUGCAUCAUGUGCUCCCGCUGCGUCCGCUUCACCCGCGAGGUGUCCGGCACCGCCGAGCUCAUGGUCGAAGGCCGCGGCAACCAGGAGCAGAUCGACGUCUUCCCGGGCCAGGCGCUCGACAACGAGAUCGCGUCCAACGUCAUCGACCUCUGCCCCGUCGGCGCUCUGCUCGAUAAAGACUUCCUCUUCGCCCAGCGCGUCUGGUUCCUCAAGAGCGCCCCGAGCAUCGACGGCAUCACCGCGUCCGGCGACAACAUCCUCAUCGAGCACAACAACGGCCAGGUCUACCGCAUCAAGCCCCGCACGAACAUGGACGUGAACAAGUGGUGGAUCUCCGACGAGAUCCGCUACACCUGGAAGUUCGUCCACGACGAGAACCGCCUCAGCGCCCCGAUCAUCGAGAAGUUCGACACCCGCGUCCCCACCGAGUGGCCCCGCGCCGUCGAGACCGCCGUCGAGGGCCUCCGCGGGAAGAACGUCCUCUGCGUCGUCAGCCCCAUGCUCUCCUGCGAAGAGGCCUACCUCCUCGCCCGCGCCGCGAAAGCCAUCGCGGACGACGUCACCUUCGCCGUCGGCCCCAUCCCCCGCCAGGGCGAGGACAAAACCUUCCCGGGCGGCUACACGAUCUACGCCGAGAAGGCCCCCAACGCCCGGGGCGUCCGACGCGUCCUCGAAGCCAUCGCCGGCUCGAACGUCAUGGACUACGAGGCGAUCAGCCGCCGAGCGAGCGAGUUCUCCGGCGCGAUCAUCACCGGCAACUACCCGAGCGACUGGGCGACGGACGCGAUGGUCAGCCUCGCCAAAUCCGCCUUCUCCGUCCUCAUCGAUACUCUCCCGAGCAAGCUGAGCGAGACCGCCAACGUCGUCCUCCCCGGUGCCACCUGGACGGAAAAAGCCGGCGUCUUCGAGAACGUCGCCGGCCGCCUCCAGGCCUUCGAGCAGGCCAUCCCCGUGCACGACGGCGCCAAGCAGGAAGGCCAGAUCGCGCUGGACCUCUACGCGACGGCGAACGACAUCGACCGCCCCGAGCGCAUCAACGCCGCCAACGUCCGCCGAGAAAUGGCGAGCGAAUACCCCGCCCUCAGCGCCCUCGAAACCGACGUCCACUACCCGAGCGUCGAGGCCAAGCAGGAGCCCGACAUGCAGGUCGUCGAGCUCUAG